CAAUUGUUCAACUGUCAAGCUCUACGAAAACUAAGUAUUCCUGAUAAUGACCUUUCAAAUCUGCCAACCACUAUUGCUAGUUUAGUUAACCUUAAAGAACUCGACAUCAGUAAAAAUGGUGUACAAGAAUUUCCAGAAAACAUAAAGUGCUGUAAGUGUUUAGCAAUUAUUGAAGCCAGUGUCAAUCCCAUUUCUAAGCUUCCUGAUGGCUUCACACAGCUUAUGAACCUGACCCAGCUCUACCUGAAUGACGCCUUUCUUGAAUUUCUUCCAGCAAAUUUUGGAAGACUUGUCAAAUUACGGAUCUUGGAGUUAAGAGAAAAUCAUUUGAAAACUCUACCAAAGUCAAUGCACAAACUGACCCAGCUGGAAAGACUUGACCUAGGCAAUAAUGAAUUUAGUGAGCUGCCUGAAGUUAUGGAUCAAAUACAAAAUUUAAGAGAGUUGUGGAUGGAUAAUAAUGCAUUGCAAGUGCUACCUGGGUCUAUAGGGAAGUUAAAGAUGCUGGUAUACCUGGAUAUGUCGAAAAACAGAAUAGAAACAGUUGACAUGGACAUUUCUGGAUGUGAAGCCCUUGAGGACCUCUUACUGUCAUCCAAUAUGUUGCAACAGUUGCCUGACUCUAUAGGACUGUUGAAAAAACUAACUACUCUAAAAGUAGAUGACAAUCAACUUACAAUACUACCCAAUACAAUCGGAAAUACCUAUCACCAUUUUUUGCAUAGUAUACUAAGCUCUAUAAUAACACUUUUAUGUUUAAAAAAGGCAAUAAUACUUUGGAAUCUAACUGUAGAUUUCCAGUCAGACAGUGACAGCUUUAACCCUACCCUGUGGGAAGAGCAGAGACAACAACGUAUGACUGUUGCCUUUGAAUUUGAAGAAAAAAAGGAAGAUGAUGAUAAUGCUGGGAAAGUUAAGGAUCACUCCUGCCAAGCCCCCUGGGAAAGGGGCCAGCGUGGGAUUACUCUCCAACCUGCCAGACUGUCUGGCGAUUGCUGCACACCAUGGGCCAGGUGUGAUCAGCAGAUCCAAGAUAUGCCUGUCCCCCAGAAUGACCCACAGCUGGCAUGGGGUUGUAUAAGUGGCCUCCAGCAGGAGAGGAGCAUGUGUACUCCAUUGCCAGUUGCAGCACAAUCCACCACUCUUCCCUCUCUAAGUGGCAGACAGGUUGAAAUAAACCUAAAACGAUAUCCAACUCCUUACCCAGAGGAUUUAAAGAAUAUGGUAAAAUCUGUUCAAAAUAUGGUGGGUAAGCCAAGCCAUGGAGUGCGUGUUGAGAAUUCAAAUCCAACUGCUAACACGGAGCAAACUGUGAAAGAAAAAUAUGAACACAAGUGGCCUGUAGCCCCAAAGGAGAUUACAGUGGAGGAUUCUUUUGUUCAUCCAGCUAAUGAAAUGAGGAUUGGGGAGCUUCACCCUUCAUUAGCUGAGACCCCUCUGUACCCACCCAAACUUGUUCUGCUAGGGAAGGACAAAAAAGAAUCAACUGAUGAGUCUGAAGUUGACAAAACUCACUGUCUGAAUAACAGUGUUUCCUCAGGCACUUACUCAGACUACUCGCCUUCCCAGGCUUCGUCAGGAUCCUCCAACACCCGGGUUAAAAUGGGGUCCUUGCAGACAACAGCUAAAGAUGCAGUACAUAACUCUUUGUGGGGUAACAGGAUUGCACAAUCUUUCCCACAACCUCUUGAUUCAAAGCCAUUACUCAGCCAGCGGGAGGCUGUUCCCCCAGGGAAUCUGCCACAGCGUCCUGACCGGCUGCCAAUAAGUGACACCUUCACUGACAACUGGACUGAUGGCUCACAUUAUGAUAACACGGGGUUUGUUGCAGAGGAAACCACAGGCGACAAUGCCAACAGUAACGCCCUCUUAAAUUCGAAAUCUAGAAACCCAUCUUCUCACGGACGCAGGCCUUUGAUUAGGCAGGAUAGGAUUGUUGGGGUUCCCCUGGAACUUGAGCAGACUGCACAUAGACACACGCCAGAAACAGAAGUGCCUCCUUCCAAUCCUUGGCAGAAUUGGACCAGAACCCCUAGUCCUUUUGAAGACAGGACCGCUUUCCCUUCCAAAUUAGAGACAACCCCCACCACCAGCCCAUUGCCUGAAAGGAAAGAACAUAUAAAAGAACCUGCUGAGAUACCUAGUCCUUUUUCUCCAGGAGUGCCAUGGGAGUAUCACGAUUCCAAUCCCAAUAGGAGUCUUAGUAAUGUCUUUUCACAAAUCCACUGCCGCCCAGAAUCUUCUAAAGGUGUUAUUUCCAUUAGCAAAAGCACAGAGAGGCUUUCCCCACUAAUGAAAGAUAUCAAGUCCAAUAAAUUCAAAAAGUCACAGAGUAUCGAUGAGAUUGACAUUGGUACCUACAAGGUUUAUAACAUACCAUUAGAAAACUACGCUUCUGGAAGUGAUCACUUAGGAAGCCAUGAACGGCCAGAUAAAAUGUUGGGACCAGAGCACGGUAUGUCCAGCAUGUCUCGAAGCCAGUCGGUCCCCAUGCUGGAUGACGAGAUGCUCACUUAUGGAAGCAGUAAAGGGCCUCAACAACAAAAAGCUUCCAUGACAAAAAAAGUCUAUCAGUUUGACCAAAGCUUCAAUCCCCAAGGAGCAGUGGAAGUGAAAGCCGAAAAGAGGAUACAGCCCCCUUUUCAACACAAUUCUGAGUACAUGCAACAGCCCGGCAAAAACCUCGCCAAGGAUUUGGUCAGUCCCAGAGCGUACCGGGGAUACCCACCCAUGGAGCAAAUCUUUUCAUUUUCUCAGCCAUCUGUGAAUGAGGAUGCCAUGAUAAAUGCCCAGUUUGCAAGCCAAGGUGCCAGGGCAGGCUUCUUGAGACGAGCUGACUCCCUGGCGAGCUCCACAGAGAUGGCCAUGUUCAGAAGGGUCAGUGAACCUCAUGAGCUGCCUCCGAGUGAUAGGUACGGCCGGCCUCCAUAUAGGGCAGGUCUGGAUCGCCAAAGCAGCGUUUCAGUGACUGAGUCCCAGUUCCUGAAAAGGAAUGGCAGGUAUGAAGAUGAACACCCUUCAUAUCAAGAAGUGAAAGCUCAGGCGGGAAGUUUUCCAGUUAAAAACCUUACCCAGAGGAGGCCACUGUCUGCAAGAAGCUACAGUACAGAGAGUUACGGUGCCUCCCAAACCAGGCCAGUUUCAGCUAGGCCUACUAUGGCAGCUCUUUUGGAGAAAAUACCAUCUGACUAUAACUUGGGUAACUAUGGUGACAAGCCAUCAGAUAACAGUGAUAUAAAGACGAGGCCUACUCCUGUGAAGGGAGAGGAGAGCUGUGGUAAAAUGCCUGCAGACUGGAGACAACAGCUGCUUAGACAUAUAGAAGCUAGAAGGUUAGACAGGAAUGCUGCUUACAAACACAACACAGUUAACCUUGGCAUGCUGCCCUAUGGAGGUAUUUCAGCAAUGCAUGCAGGCAGAAGCAUGACUUUAAACUUGCAGACUAAGUCUAAAUUUGAUCUCCAAGAACUACCUCUUCAGAAAACCCCGUCCCAGCAAAGCAACAUUUUAGACAAUGGACAAGAAGAUGUAUCUCCCAGUGGCCAAUGGAAUCCUUAUCCUCUUGGGAGGCGGGAUGUACCUCCGGAUACCAUUACUAAAAAGGCAGGCAGCCAUAUCCAGACCUUGAUGGGGUCCCAAAGCCUUCAGCAUCGUAGCCGGGAGCAGCAGCCAUAUGAGGGAAAUAUUAACAAAGUGACCAUCCAGCAGUUCCAGUCACCAUUGCCUAUUCAGAUCCCCUCUUCACAGGCCACCCGGGGACCUCAACCCGGACGGUGCUUAAUUCAAACUAAAGGGCAAAGGAGUAUGGAUGGAUAUCCAGAGCAGUUUUGUGUGAGAAUAGAAAAGAAUCCUGGCCUUGGAUUUAGUAUCAGUGGUGGAAUUAGUGGACAAGGAAAUCCAUUUAAACCUUCUGACAAGGGUAUCUUUGUUACUAGGGUUCAGCCUGAUGGACCAGCAUCCAAUCUGCUACAGCCUGGUGAUAAGAUCCUUCAGGCAAACGGACAUAGUUUUGUACAUAUGGAACAUGAAAAAGCUGUAUUACUACUGAAGAGUUUCCAGAACACAGUAGACCUAGUUAUUCAACGUGAGCUUACUGUCUAAAUAUUUUUUAUAAAUAGUGAAGAUACGUCUAGCCAGACCUAAUGUUCAAAAAUAAAUUUAUACAUAGAAACACAUUUUGCCAAUUGCUGGACCAAUGGCAAACAUUAGUGCCAAAUGUAUACUACUAUAUGUUAGCACUGAUCAUCCUUCAAAAUGUUAACUAUAUAAAUAUGAUGUUCACGUGGUUAUGUAUUAGUUUUAAUUGUCAGCCUUUGGCUGUGCAUUGGUGCAGUUUUGGUUUUGUUCUUUUUUUUUUUUUAAACCAAAUAAGUUUCUUCUCAAAGUGGAUUUCAUAUAAUUUCGGAGCACGGAAGCAUACAUAAGCUCUUUAUGAAUUCUGCUCUCCAUCAAAGACACUGCCUCAAAGUUGUAUAUGCCUUUAUAUAGAAAAUGCAAAUAUAAAGAAUUAUAAUUCCCAUAAACUAUUUCUAGCACAAGGUAUAUGUUGGCAUAUAUACAAAAAGAAUAUAGAGCAAAACAAUAUUUUCAUAAACUAAACAUCUCGGAUUGAGAAAGAAAAUAUAUCUUAAAAUAAGACUUUACUAUAUUGAAUCUUUUUCAAUAAAAAUUACAUGAUAAUGCCUUAUGAAAGUAACUGUACAUAUGGUAUAAAGUGUUUUUAUUUGGUUCCAUAUUCAUUUGCUAAAUUCUCAUAACACAGAGUGAAAUAUUUCAUAAAUUAGCCAUUUAUCUCUGGGACCUGAAUAAAAAAAAAUGGUACAAACCAAUUUAUUGAAUGCCUUUAGCUAAUUACAAUACAUGUAGAGUUAAAACACAGACUAAAGGUCAUUGCAGAUAAAUCUUUUUCACCACAAAUUUAAGCAGUGAAUGAUGGGUGGCAGGAAAUGUACUGCUUUAUUUCAUUCAAGUUUAUAUUGAUUAUAAACUGUAGCCCCUGUGAUUUCUUUACUUGUAAAUGUGGAAUUUAUUUGUGUGUGCUUUAUCUAAUUUGCUACUUUUAAACAAUUUAAAAUGAGUUUGGGGGAUUGAUAAAAUUUAUCAUUAAGAAAGAUUGUUGUUAGAAAGUUAUGGUGGGAGAUUUAAAAACUUUGGUAUUUAAAUAUGAAACUUCAAAUAUAAUUUCUCAGAGCUAUAGUCUAACCUGUAUUAUUAAUUUCAGUGCCUGCUUUUGUAGGCAGAAAUAAGAAAAUACUUUUUUUCCAAAAAAGAUUCAAAGUAUGUAAAAUCCUGGAUUUUGUGUCACUGGAAAGACAAACAUAGUUAACCCAGAAUUAGUUAUUUUUACAUAGGAACUGUUUUCCUCUAUAAAUGACCAAUUCAUUUUAUAAUCCUUUGAAAUAUUUAUUUUAUAUGUUAGUCAUUAAUUUUAUUAAAAUAUUAAUUUGAAAUUCCAGAAUUUCCCAGAGUUGGUUGUUUGAAUUCUCUCUCAUAUUUCCACAUAGCUCUUUAAAAAUACAUAUGUAAGAAAUUUACUUUACAUGCUAGUAUUUUAAGUAUUCUAUUAGAAUUUUCACAGUAGUAUCACAUAUUGAUGUCACCAAAGCUCUGAGAAUAAUAUUUGUAAGUUAAUUGUUUUAUGGGGACAUUGAAAAUAUUGUAUUUUUGUAGGGUCUAUUAAAAUGAAUGUCACUUAUUAGAAGUACAGUGGUAUUUUUUGGUAGUAGAAUUUGUCACUUGAAGACAAAUGAUACUUCACUUUAUAGAUGAUGCACUAAUUUUGAUGUUGCUUUAUGUCAGGGUGACAUACCAUGAUUUUAUAGAGUUUGACAUUUAAGAAAUAAUUAAAUGAUUGGCCUAUU